AACACUAAAACUAGAAAAAUGGCGUUCUGUACAGCUGUGGGUUGCGCAAUUUAAAAGUAAAUGUGCACGAAAAUCUUAAUGAAAUUUAAUAUUUUAUGUGUAAUAAAUACUCCUGACAUAUAAAAUGCUAUUUCAAAUUUAUUAAGUGUGAUAAUAUAGUAUAGUGUUGUGAUAUUGUUCAUUAGCGCAAACCUGUCAUGGACCGUGUAUUUUUUGUGUUGUGAUGUAUUAAAAAGAUAAAUAAUGAAACGAAAAAUAAUGUGGCUGUGUAAAUAAUGUAAAAAUAAUGGGUUUGCUAUGGGUGAUUUUGUUUUCGGCCUCAACAGGCCUACUUUUGAUACAAGGGUUACCUGUGAGGCCAACGCCGCAAGUCUACCCUCACGGUACAAAUGAAGCAGCAGUGUUGGAAGGAUGGAGGCCGCAGGGGCUGUAUACAUUGCCAGUGCUGGCGCUGGUGGUCACAGCUCUUGGACUACUCUUUGGAUGCACCUGGUGUUACAGACAUAAAGACUGCAAGCCGAACGAAGGAGCAGACAAUCAGUUGUUCGCGCCGACCGCGAGCCUACACAAUGCGCGCGCGCCGCCCGACGCUGUGUUCUCGGAGCCGGUCAACAACAACAUCAGCGAAGACAACAACAAUGGUCCGAUCUCACUACGUGAGAUGCAGAACAUUGCCAAUAACAACGCUGCAGCGUACAUUGUUAGUGAGAACGAGGAGCGCAACAGGAUAAGCCGAGAAUCGGUUGUCGAAUUUGAACCACUGCCCGCGGACUUGCGAGUCAUCGAUCCUCUGGAAAGAUGUGCUGAUUGGUUCGGUGGUGAAGAUUUAUCCAGGAAUCGUCUACAGUACUUGCGCGAAAUUGGUAGAGGAUGGUUUGGCAGGGUGGUUGAGGGUGAAUUGGACAACACAAGCACAUCAGUGGCUGUCAAGAUUCUUAAUCAGAACGCCAGUUUGGAAGAUAAGGCGCGGUUCUUAGAUGAAGCAAGGAUAUACCGAGACGCGAGGCAUGAGAACAUACUUGGCUUCAUCGCCAAAUGUCUGCAGGAAGACCCAUGGAUAUUGCUGUUUGAACUUUGCUCUGUUGAUCUACAACAAUACUUAAUAGUGAAUCGUCCCAAAAUGGCAAUAUUGAACGAGAGUGGUGUGCCGCUGCAGCUCAUGUGUGACGUCUCCUCCGCACUCGCAUACCUGCACUCUAGAGGAUUGCUCUAUGGCACUCUAUGGUGCGGCAGUGUGAUGGUGCGCGAGGGCGAGCCAGCGCGUGCCGUGCUGGGCCAGUACGGCGCCGCACGCCCGCCGCACGACACCGCUGCGCCGGAAACCAGGAGAUACCCCGCUGUUUACAAUAGCAAUAGUGAGGUAUGGUCUCUGGGUACGCUGAUCUGGGAGAUAUGCGCGUGGGGCGCACAGCCUCACGCAGCGCCUCCGCCCUUGCCAGACUUGCCAUGUCCUUAUCGCACACAUUUAUAUCAAGUAAUGCAACUGUGCUGGAACGCAAACCCAGAGGCGCGGCCCACUGCCGGGCAAGUGCAUGCGCUGCUGAACCACCUGCACAGCACGCACGCGCACAGCCGGCACGUGGACGCCGCGCACGACGACGGCUACGGCAGCAGUGACUUCGAGGAGCGCUGGCAGCGACUCAAGCCCAACUCCAUACCCAAGAUAGACGAGCACGUCGCAAUCGUGCACGCGCCCUCCACCUCCAUGACGUCACAUUUCAACUCCGAACAAGACCUCGACAAUCCGCCCACCACGCACGACACGCUCAGCGUAGACCUCGACACAGCCGUCUCCCGCUCCAGUAGCAUCAUGUCCGAUAAAGAUCCGCUAUCAAUUCAAAUAAAGUCUGAAAGUCUAACCAAUUUACAUGGAUCCCUGGAAGAUGUUAGAAACAUUUACUUAACACACAACGAAACAGCAGCCAUAGAAUGCCAUCAAGGAAAUGUAAGCCUUGACGAUAGUAAGGAUAAGGACUACGAUCGCUCCGACAGUUCGAUGGACCCGUGGGUGAAAGAUAUCAUCACGGGCAGUCAGGAUGAUGUCAGAUAUUACAAGGAUGUUAGCGAUGUGAUAAAGAAUCUCGAUAAUAUAUUAAACUCUGAAAAAACAUCCAGCUCCGAAUCCAGUCAUCAAGCGAGUCCAUCCAGAGAUAAUUUAAGCUUGGAAUGCAAGAAAGAUUAUCCGGUGCAAAAGAGUUUAGUAAAAUCCCCAGGAAUAACAAAUUUCCAGAAUAUUCUAGAAGUCGGAUUCGACUCGGAGACGAGAAACGAUACGUGUGAAGAUGAAGGCGAUCGGGAAACUAUCGGAACUUUGAGCCACUCUUUCGAACGACAUAGUGAUACGAUCAGUCAAAAUACACUUGAAAAUUUGACACCAGAUACACCAACAAAUGAUUUAGUUAAUGAUACAAAAAUUAUAUGUGAAGCUGAAAUAGUGCAAAUGGAUGUGAAACAAGAAAGAAACACUGAAGAUAAUGAAGCUAGUGAUACCGUAGAUGAUGUUAAAAGUGAAUUGCCAAAUGAUAAAAUGAAUCAUAGUCUAAGUGAAAUACCUACGUUGAAGGAAUUGUGUGUAGCAACAGUGCCUAGUGUAAGUGAAGUUGAACAGAAGAAUGUAAGAGAAGACUGUCAUACACCUUGUGAUAAUAAGAUAAAUUAUAUAAAGAUUGAACAUGAUGCAGGAACUAAGUCAGUGAAUGAUGUCACUAUAGAAUCUGAGGAAUAUCAUAACACUGAAUCACCAACUUUAGCAAUAACCGAAUUGGAAUUAAAAAAAGACACUGAAGUACAAAAUAAUAUUAACCAUGAAAUCUUGCCCGUAUCGGAACAAGAAUCUGCAGAAAAAGACAAUAUUAUGUCUCUAGUCAUUAAUGAUAGUUUACAUUUAGAUGAGGUAGUUAAUGAUGUAGGUAAAUCAAAUGCCAUUGCACCGAUUAGAUCUGAUGAUAAUGAAAUUAUGAUAAAAGACUCCGCUAGCGAAUAUUCUCAUAAAGAUCUCAUGAAUGAGAUAAAUAUAGAACAAUAUACAAACGAUACACUACAUACGUAUUUAGAAAUGAAUGGAGAUAACGAAAUGGAACAUAUUGACACUUUACUUACAACAGAUUCAACUAUAUACUUAGAUCUGCCGAGUAUGAUAAAAGAGACGAGUAGUUUUCUUGAAUCUGAAAGAGUUAUGUCCAAUCGAGAUACAGAUUUUAAAGAAGUUGUCUCAAGCACUCCAAAAGGAAGCGAAAAUUCCUUUGAUAAUCAGGAAAAUUCUAACAAUGACUGUCAAUUUGAAUCAACUGCAGAUACUAAAGUACCAGAAUAUGAAUUAGGAUCUACGCUAACAAAGUUGGAACAAAGAUGCGCUCCAGAAAAUAUUAGCCCUUUGGAAUCUCCUACCAAGAGUCAUCACACAGAUACUUAUGAUGAAAACAGUUCUAUAGUCUUAGGCCCGUUUGAAAAUUGUUCACUCGAAUUGUUCAAAGCAGUGAAGUCGGAAAUUGUCGACUUACCCAAGGAGGAAUUUUUGGCGUUUUCAUCCAACUUUAGUGAGAUGGAUCUGGAGACACCUUCCCCUCUUCGUGACGGAAACUUUCUGAAUGAAGUACCCGAUAUUGUCCACGAUGACUUGGUAUUUGACGACUUGGCGACUGUGAGCGAAACCAAACCUAGUCCUGAAGUUCAAAGCGAUAACACUGAGAAUACUUAUGAAAAAUCAAAUACAGAGAAACAUAUAUCUCCAUCGACGCCCCCCAACUCUCCCGGUAUUUUCUUAGCGUCGACAUCACAACAGAAAUAUUUAGUUGACAUCGAUUUAAAUACGCCGAAUGAGAGUGCUCCACGUACAUUUUCCACGCUAAAGGAGACAGCAGGACCACCGUUCACCCCGGAUUCAGGUUUAAGCUCUUUGCAGAAAGAGAUUGAUUUAAAUCAAAUAGAGCUGCAGAUCACAACGAAGUUAGCUAUGGCGGAGAACGAGAACAAUUUGAACAUAGAAUAUUCUGGACCUUUGACAGUGGAAGGAUUCGUGACGGAGGACGAGGUGCUGAUGCGCGAGAGCGACGCGAUGCCCGAGUCCUACUUAGCGGGCAAUGGAAUACCACUCGACGAUGUCAGGGAAGAUCUCACUCUGGAUACAGAAUGCGUCAAAGCUUUGCGAGAUGAAUUAGAACUGAAGCUACCAUUAGCACAGGUGGCUGCGAUCGAGCCGGCGGAGAGUGCGGGGGAUGCGGAGUGCCCGGGAGAGGUGGUAGGGGAAUGGCGCGCCGAGCUGCCGCCCCCGCCCGACCUCGUGCUGAGCUACCCCGGCGCGCUCAGCCCCAUCGCUGAGGAGACAGGCCCACAGCUCUCCGCCUAUGAGAACGACACCAACUGGAUAUCGACCUGUACUGAAUCAUCUGAGAGCUACCCGGAGCCCUGCAACAACUCGACGGAUGAUGUGACGGAGCUCCCCACCGGCGCACACAGCGGCCCCAACGACCACUCCACCUACACCCUGCACUCCCGCGACAACUCACUUAACCUAACGUACACAGUACACAAGGACGUCGCCAGCAGUAAAGAAAUUACUAUGAGCGCCGACAGUUUAAACGCCAGCCCAUUGAAGAAACUAAUAGGCGAUCCGCUAUCGCCGAUCGAUGACCGAACAUAUAACAAAAGCGACGAUGAAAAACAAUCGAAUUGCGAAAGAUUGUCUCAAGUAUCGCCAUUUUUAUUGAGUCCGUCGACCGAUACCUCGGCGCCCGAUAACUCCGACAACUUGGCGGGCUGUUCUACCUUAUCCAAGCCGACAGUACCCACAGAUGCCAAGUCCUCGAAACCCUCCGAAACUCAGUGUCUAUCGAAAGCUACCAGUAUAGACUCGUGGUGUUCGAACGAUACCCUCUACAAUGUAGAAGAAAAUUUCGAUGAUCUAGCAAUGGAUCCUGACGUACCGAUCGACUUCGAAGUUAAUCAGGAACAAGAGAAGGAUGAUAAAAGUGAAAGCACGGACACGCUGACGCACAACGAACAGGAAAAAGAAUUGAGUCACUGCUCCACUUACAUCAUACACGAUAGCAAGUCGGAGAUUUGUGAAACAUUCUCACCUGAUUCCAUCACAGCUAAUUUCAACACGUAUACGAAACCGAAAACCGAAGCGGGAGCGACCACAUCGGUUCAAACUAAAUCUGAAUUAAAUGAUUCAACAAAGAAUACACAAACUAAAGAUCUCGCUUACGGCACCCUUAUGUCAGGAUUACCUUCUGGUUCCAACUGCUCCACAGAAUUACUCUCAACGGCCGAUGAGGCUUGGAAACUAUCACAACCCGAAUUGGUUAGAAGAUCUCCUUUCGGAGACGACUUCAACUCACCGCCUCCAAAAUCAGUCGUAGAUAAGGAAGAGGAAUGUUUAGAAAUAAAUAGCCCAAUAACAAAUCAACCGAGCAUCAAUAAAAUGGACAGCGUCGAUGUUACUUGUCUUAAAGAUAAUUCCGAUAGUGAUAACAAACCUGAAAUGGACAGUCAAGACAUUAUUAUAGGAAUCGAUGAAAGCCAAGAUCUCGCGCACAAAACUAUAGCCAAUUCUCACGUAACGAGUACACCAUUGGCUGAAAUUAAUGCAGACGAAGAUAAUAUAGAAGGCAUACCGAUUAAUUUGCCUCAAAUGAACACAGAUAACAGCGAAUAUCUGACGAAAAACUUGCCAAAUUUCCAAUCAUUUCUACUAUCAGCUGAGAUGAGACCUCAAGACAUAUCGUCUAGUAUAAGUAAUGAAGUCACCAGCCUCAAUCAAGAUACGGAGGUUUUAUUAGAAGGUGAAAGCAAAAGUUUGAGCAGAAACAGCAAAGACAGUCCAGGAAUUCCUGAUGGAACUCUAACGUAUUCAGAUUUUGAAGGCUCAGUUAUAACAAAGCCCCAGGAAAUAGAUUCGCGGGAGAACAGCAGAGAUAAUGGUACAAAUGUUCAAGAUAACUCAACACCUUUAUGGCACCAGAAUCUUUCAUCACUAAUCGACGCUAGUUCAUCAUUAUUACAAAAUGAAAGAAGGAUUAAUGAUAUUAUAAUGCAAGCAAUAGAUAAUAGUAAUCAAUCAGAAAGUUUGAUUAACUGUAACACUCCUUAUGUAGUAACAAGUCCGCCUAGUGAAGUAUAUUUAAAUGAAUCUCAUAUUAACGAUAUUAAUAAGUCUAAUGAUAUAUUUAUAACAGAUUUAGAUACAGAAGAAGAAACGGAACAGCCUCAUUCUAUUAUCAUAACGGAAAGCCCUUUAUUAAUAAACAGGAUCAGUCCAAAUAUUAAUAGAAAUUGUGAUCCUCAAAGUAACAUAUACGAUUCAAACACGGGUUUGUUCCAACCUUUUAUUAAGGAAAGAAUAGAACAAAAUGUUCUAGAAAAUGAUAGAACAUCGCAAGAAGAACAUACAACAGAAGACGUUAGAGUUAGCGUAAAUGAAUCAAACCCGAACACAAGUAACUGUAGUAAAGACACUGAUAAUAUUAGAUGUAAUGGUGAUAGUCAAAAUUACGCGACCGUGAGCUUUCUGAAUGAAGCAUUCGAAGAACUCGUUGAAAGUAAUGUCGAUGAUAAUGAGAAAGAUUUAGAAAAUUCUUUAACUGAUAAAGAAAUUCAUUGUACAUCCAGUCAGGUUGAAAAAGAAAACGGAGUUUUAGAAAGUCACGAAGAGAAUAUUUACGAGAAUGUAAGACAAGAUAUGAACGGCGUUGCUGAAGCUGAUGAUGAAACUAUGACGUCAGUGACGGAGAAUUUUUUACAGAACGAAAAGAAAUACUGCACAUUAGAUUAUUAUUUGCCUCUGAUGAAUGACAUCAGAUUUACUGGUCCAGGUGCAGAAGUCAUGAGUACAUCGUUCAAUCAAGACUCGUCCACUGACCCAACAUCUCCCGAGUGCGAGCAGGACAGCAAGCCCGACACCGUCACUGACAUACUGAAAGAGUGGGACAGCGAGAGUGACUCGCACUCAACUAACUCAUCCAGCGGAGAAUUCAUAUGGAGGGACGGCGACGGCAACGCCACCUGUCUCGUCUCCACCACGCACUUCCAACACCAUCGCGAGGGAGGUGCGCCCCAGGCUCCUGAAGGUCCCGAAGUGUCGGAGAUGGCGGAGCACGUUUCCUCCGGUUCUUCCGGGUCAUCGGGCUCGGAGGGUGACGAGGUGGAGUUCGUGCCCUCCUCGUGGGACUGCCGGGCCGCGCCCGCAAAGUCUUCACUACGCAGCCUCGAUCACACAGCCCCGGAUAGCAAGAAGCGUGUAGUGUUCAAGCGUCAAAAGUACCACUCGGUUUACGAGUACCCGCGCGAGGUAUGCGAGGCCACUGUCGACGCACCGCCAGACCUGCCCGACUUCUCCACAUACUGCGACUGGGAGGCGGCGAGCGCGGAGGAGGCGGAGCUGGACUACGGGCAGCUGUUCAGCGAGCAUAACGCACUCGACCUCUACCCGCUGCGCUCCGGUAUCGCAUUCGGCGCAGAUUACGACGAAGACUUCUUUAUAUCAUCGUCGACGCGUCCGUUCGAGCGCGAGUUCGACACGCUCGGCGUGAUGUCGACCGCGAGCCAGUUCUUCCCCGGCAUGCACGCCAAGCAGGCGCUGCUCGACCACGACGUCGACGACGUGGAAGACUUCCGCGCCCCGCCCUCACCCGCACCCCUCCCUCCAAACGCCCUCGCGCACACCACCACGCCUUCCCUCGACUUCACCACUCCCGACUCCGGCGUCGAGGAUGUCACACCCGGCUCCACCAGCACCGAAGACGACUUUAAAACCAAGAAGAUUACUGACGCCGACGCCUGCUGGAGGCCCCUCGAUAGCGCCAGUUCCAGCGAGUCCGUCAGCCCCAGCUCACCGGGGGGCGAAGCUUUAGGAGGGCUCCGGCACACGAGGGACAAGCUGAAGCUGGACCUACCGCCCAGCCCGCACAUACCCUCGCCCCGGCACAACCGUGUGUUCAACUUCGUGCUCGACAAGCCGAAGCGACGCAGCCAGGAGGAGCGGCCGGAGCUCGGCACGACGCCGCUCGUGAUGACGGACGAGACGCCCGUCAUCACGUCCACGUUGCCGCUGCGAGACGACGUGCCGGAUGACGUCAUCCCCGAGCCAACCUUCUCGACGUUCGGCAAGUGCGCCUCCACCAGCGCGGAUCCCGAGCAGCGCGCCAUCGUACUCACCGACGAGGUUCACGACUCCGAUAAGGAAGAUAGUUCCAACUCCACAGUGGAGGGAGUGAAGGGCGAAGGCACCGUGCUCGACAGCGGGGACGAGGACUCCGGUAUCGAGAGAAGCUCCAAAGCCACGCUAGAACGAAAUAAAACAACGCCCAACGUCUCCUAAUUAAAACUAGAUGAUAAUCUCUCUGUAAAUAACUCAUUAAUAUUGGAUGCUUGUAUCGCGUAGAAGCAAGGAACGAUCAUGCAUUGUUCCAGCCAAAUGUCAGUCUGAUGCAUGCUGAAGUGGAAUUGGUUACGUGUU